AAAGAGCGCUCGAUCGCCAUGCAUAAUCAUAACACAAGGCCGGGCGGCGGGGACAUCGUCGUGGAGAUGUCGUCGUCUGCCAGCGCGGCGGCAGGGUCGCCGCAGCACGAGCGCGUGAUCCCGCACAGCGGCACGCUGAGCAAGAAGUCCACGCGGAGGAGCUUGCGGUUCGUGGAGCCCGUGACGGCGGCGGCUCCGCUGCCCGCGCCGCCGCUGGGCGCCUCGCCGUCCUCUGCCGCCAACGACGACGACGACGACGACAACGACUACGUGGAGAUCACCCUCGACAUGCGCGACGACUCGGUGGCAGUGGCCGUGGUGCACGGCGUGGAACCCGCCCACGCCGGGCCCGGCGAUGACCCGAACGUGACGCAGGUGGUGGCGCGCCCGCUCGAGAACCACCGGCGGUCCUCGUCCUACGGCCACUCCCUCACCCGGAACGCCUCGUCGCGGUUCAAGUUCAAGCAGGUGUCGCAGGAAAUCCGCCGCGUCGCCGGCGGGCCACGGACCGACCUCUCCACCUCCGCCGCCGCGCACGCGCUCAUGGGGCUCAGGUUCAUCAGCAAGGCCGAGGGCAGCGCCGGAUGGGAGGCCGUGAAGAUGCGCUUCCGCAAGCUCGCCAUUAACGGACUCCUCCACCGCUCCAUGUUCGCCGAGUGCAUCGGGAUGAAGGAUACGUUCGUUUUCGCCGGCGUGCUGUUCGACGCGCUGUUGCGGCGCCGCUACAUCUUGGGAGACAGCAUCGACGAGGCGUUGAUGCGCGAGUUAUGGGAGCAAAUCUCCGACACCAGCUUCGAUGCCCGGCUGCUGACCUUCUUCGACAUGGUGGACAAGGACGCGGACGGCAGGAUCACCGAGGAGGAGAUCAGAGAGAUCAUCUCGCUGAGCGCGUCGACGAACAGGCUGUCUAAGAUCACGGCGAAGCAGGCGGCGGAGUACGCCCUGCUGAUCAUGGAGGAGCUGGACAGGGGCAACCUGGGCUACAUCGACGUGUACGACCUGAAGACGCUGCUCCUCCAGGCCCCCAGCAGCAGCCAGUCGGUGCGCAUCGGCACCGCCACCAACGACGGCCGGAACAUGAGCCAGAUCCUGAGCCGCCAGGACCUCCGUCCGAGGCCCGAACCGAACCCUCUCCGGCGCUGGCACCGGCGCGCGCAGUACUUCCUGGAGGACAACUGGCGGCGCGUGUGGGUGAUGCUCCUGUGGCUGUGCGUCUGCGCGGGCCUCUUCGCGUGGAAGUUCGCCCAGUACCGGCGCCGGUACGUGUUCCAGGUGAUGGGGUACUGCGUGUGCGUGGCCAAGGGCGGCGCCGAGACGCUCAAGUUCAACAUGGCGCUGAUCCUGCUCCCGGUGUGCCGGAACACCAUCACCUGGGUCCGCAACCACACCGGCGUGGGCCGCGUGGUGCCCUUCGACGACAACAUCAGCUUCCACAUGGUGGUGGCCGCGGGCAUCACCGUCGGCGCGGGGCUCCACGUGGUGUCCCACCUGACGUGCGACUUCCCGCGGCUGCUCCGCGCCACGGACGCCGCGUACGCGCCCCUGGCGCAGUACUUCGGGGUGCCCCGCCCGCGCAACUACUGGUGGUUCGUGAAGGGCACGGAGGGGUGGACGGGGCUCGCCAUGCUCGUGCUCAUGGCCGUCGCCUUCACCCUGGCGAUGCCGUGGUUCCGCCGCGGGGAGCUCGCGCUGCCGGGCCCGCUCAAGCGGCUGCUGGCAGGGCCGCUGAAGCGGCUGACGGACAAGCUCAAGCUGACGGACCCGCUGAAGCGGCUGACGUGCCAGCUCAAGCGGCUGACUGCAGGCCCGCUGAAGCGGCUGACGGGUUUCAACGCGUUCUGGUACACGCACCACUGCUUCGUGGCGGUGUACGCGCUGGUGCUGGUGCACGGGCACUACCUGUACCUGACGCACAAGUGGUACAAGAAGUCGACGUGGAUGUACCUGGCCGUGCCCAUGGUGCUGUACGCGUGCGAGCGCCUCACGCGGGCGCUCCGCUCCAGGGUCCGCGCCGUCAAGAUCCUCAAGGCGGAAAUGCACCAGGCCGGCAAGGACAUGGUGAUGUCGCUCCACUUCUCCAAGCCGCAGGGCUUCCGCUACAAGAGCGGCCAGUACAUCUUCGUCAACUGCGCCGCCGUCUCGCCGUUCGAAUGGCACCCGUUCUCCAUCACGUCGGCCCCACACGAUGAGUACCUGAGCGUCCACAUCAAGAACCUGGGCGACUGGACCGGCGCGCUCCAGAACGUACGUACGCGCGUGAUCGUGCCGCCGAAGGAGGGCAAUAGCGUUAGUUUGAAUUCCCAUUUCAUGAAAUGGUUGUUUUGCAGCUUCCCCGAGGUGAGGAUUGACGGCCCGUACGUCGCGCCGGCGCAGGACUACAAACAAUACAACGUCGUGCUUCUGGUAGGGCAGGGCAUUGGCGUCACGCCCAUGAUCUCCAUCAUCAGAGACAUCAGCAAUAAUAUGAAGCAGUUGGACGACGACCUAGAGGCCGGCGCGGGCUUAGGAUCCAGCGCCGACGCGCCGUCGUCGUCCUUCCACACGCAGCGGGCCUACUUCUACUGGGUGACCCCGGAGCAGGGCUCCUUCGAGUGGUUCCACGACGUCAUGAACGAGGUGGCCGAGACCGACAAGAAUGGCGUGAUCGAGCUCCACAACCACUGCACCAGCGUGUACGAGGAAGGGGACGCCCGCUCCGCACUCAUCUCCAUGAUCCAGUCGUUCAACUACGCCAAGCACGGCGUCGACGUCGUGUCCGGCACCCGCGUCAAGACCCACUUCGGCAGGCCCAACUGGCGCAACGUGUACGAGGAAAUCGCGGAGAACCACCAAAACCAGUGCGUCGGAGUGUUCUACUGUGGCGGUGCCCGGACCUUGCUAAAGACGCUGCGCGAACUCACGCAGGAAUUCUCACGGUCACGGACGACAGGGACAACCAAGUUCGAGUUCCAUAAGGAGAACUUCUAGCUUAAUUAUGCAGCCUCUCGGUUUUCGCAUGUUGUAGCGUAUAUCUGGAUAGAUGGAUGGAUGGGUGUAGAGGGGAGGGAGUAUACCAACGUACGUAUUGCUUGGUUGUGACAGGACCAGCAGGGUCAAAAUCCCCAACACUUUUUUUUUCAUCCAUUACUACUAUGAAGAAUCAAUAAUAUCCGAAUGCCAUUGUACAGAUCCUGUCUCUCUCACUUAGGCUAAUCAGAUCAAAAUAAAGCAUCAGAUUAUCCGAUCUAGCAAAAGGUAACGAAAGUUAGGCCACUGCAGUGCAGGAAACACCGUGUUUGGCUCGGCUUUAUUUUGCCGAUCGAUUAGGCUAUCUCCAGCAACUUACCUGUACACAUAUCUAUAUCCAAACUUCAUUCUAUGAAUAA